AGCUAUGGAGUUAUUACUGCGAAUGAAGAAAAAAAAUAUGGAGAUAUUAUUGUUCUGUACAAACUGGUAAUCCUUGCUGGAUUCGGUCUCCUUUAAUGGCUAGGGAAACGCCCCUCCCCCUGGAUGUCAAGAGAGAGCCGCUGCACACACGCAGCACGAGUUCUCCGCUCUCCUCCACACCUAACACUUCGUCAUCCUUCUAGCACGAGCUUACUGGGUGCUGUGGGGGCGAUCGGCUGUCCAGUGCCGACUCCCAUUCAUCCCCUGGAUGUUCCUUGCUUGCCCUUAAACAAAGUGGCGUGGCAGCGGCAUGCGAGAAAUACCAAAGCUGGAGAGAGGAGAGAGCUAGAGGCAAAGAGAGACAGAGCUUGGGUCAAAAAGAGCGAGUAAAACCAGCCAAUAUUAAUCGUUUCAUACAAGUACUUUUUCUCUUACGUCUACGGAGUAUCGUGGAAUUUUUCUCUCUUCUCCCUCUCUCUCUCUCUCUCUCUCUCUCUCUCUCUCUCAUAACCCACUCACCCACU